AUGGUGAGUAUGGCCGGUCAACAACAACGCCAACAAUGUUCAUCACGAUAUCCGAGUUUAUUAGUUACAGUUAAAAAUGAAACAGAAGAGCGAUCAGUAGCUGAGUCGCAUUCAAAUUCGCGAACACGCCGUUCCAAAGAUAACUACCGACCUUAUACUUUUCAACAGAAAACUGUCUACUACAAUAGUAAUCAUCGCCAUCAACAGCAGCAAUAUUAUACUCAUCCACAGCAUACAUCACCACGUCGCCAACCGCAACAAAAAUAUUAUAACAAUUACGAUCGUAUACAUUAUCCUUAUCAACAUCAACCGAUCCGGCCAUUAAUGGAAAUGAAAGACGAUUUAUUUUCAUCGCAUCAUGAUUUAAAUGUUGAUGACGAUAACGAUAAUGAUACGACUUAUCAUUCUGUCCAACAGAGAGAACCUAAACAACGUGGACAAUAUCGUAAUCGAAAAGCUGAAUUAGACUGGGAUCAUGCAUUUGAUUUAGAUCUUAUUGAUUUCUAUCCAACUCACAAUGAUAUCGACAAUCAUUCGUUGACAAGUACAAGUACAAUCAGUUCAAGUGAUCAUUCGUUUUCUUCUGUUUAA